UUUUCAUCGCGACGGCAUCCGGUUUUAUAAGGCAGGCUAGUCCGGCGAAACAGCAGUUUACGGCUAAUUUGACCACUUUUUUUUUUUUACCUGAAGGGAAGAAGAGAUCAGAGUCGGCUCUGCUGCCCAACAAUGGACGCGGAAUUUGUCGAUUUUCUUGUAUUAUUGAUCCGUCCGAUCGUUGUCGCCAGCGUGGCUAGUUAGCCCAGCCGGCUAGCUGGCUUCAUAAACCCUGACUGGGGCUCAGCUGCUUGUCCUGAGUGGCUGACGAAAACAGAGAGAAAUGUCAACAGGAGAAAGAUAUUAACGUGUUUUUUUUAAAAAAAAAGAAAAGGUGUGGAAACAGUAUGAGCAGGAGCUUCAAAGAGGUGUUGGUUUGGUUUCUGGUUUAAUUGGCUUCAUAUGUGUGGAUUGGGAUUGUUACCAUAAAUAAGACUUUAUUAUAAGGAUUGUUAAUUCUGCAGUGAGUCUGAUUUGUGUGUCGUGAUAUCUGAAAAGCCUCGAGGUUUCUGUGACUGCUGCUGCGUGGAGACUACAUGUAGAAAAACACUUUUAUUUAAAUGUGCAUCAUUUGAUCGCAGGGUUAAUUGUGCAGGUUUUUUUUUUGCUUUCUGGCACAGUUGCAUGUAACGUUAUCUUUUUUUUGGCGUGUCAACGUGUCACACCUGCGCACAAUGUGGAAAAAUAAACAGGCGUGACUAAAACCCAACCUUGAACCACAACUAAUGCACCUCUAUCAGUGACACGUCGAUACUUGUUUACUUGAAAUAACAACAUUCCUAGAAAGUGUUAUUUAAUUGCAGUUUUGCAUUGUAAGCGCACACUGUACAUAGUGGGUGAUUGACUUGUAUUCUUGUUUCUUGGGGAGGCCCAAGAUUCAGCAACAAACUAACAUGAUCACCUGAUGCUUUCUGUUCAUAUUAGUGAUUAAGUGGUACAUCUUAGGCCAAGCCAAAAAGUGCUUUAUCAUGAUCUCAGAGGUGUAACAUGAAUGGGGUGGAGUGGGUUUGUGUUGCUUAGGUGUUUUUUUUUUUUUUUUUUUGUUAGUUUGAGCUAUUUGGUUAGGGCAGCGGUGAUGACUAGGUAUUUGCUCUGUGACUGACCAAGAGGAGCCAAACUGUAGUUUUAUGAAUAUUACUGCCAUCUUGCCCACUACCACAAUGCCGGGUGGACUGUUCUUAUUGAUGCUGCUUGGAGCACUAUGCAGCCUCGGACAGGCCAUGUCACGGGAGGAGAGGCACAGGUUGAGGAACCAAGUGGUUGAGAUGUUUGACCAUGCAUAUCAGAAUUAUAUGGACCACGCAUACCCAGCAGAUGAGCUGAUGCCACUAACAUGCAGGGGAAGAGUUCGUGGGCUUGAGCCCAGCCGAGGUGACGUAGACGACGCGCUGGGAAAGUUCUCUUUGACCCUCAUAGACACACUGGAUACUCUGGUGCUUUUGAACAAGACGACAGAGUUUGAGGCUGCUGUGAGAAGAGUCCUGACAGAUGUGAGGCUGGACAACGACAUCGUGGUAUCGGUCUUCGAAACCAACAUACGAGUCCUUGGCGGUCUGUUGGGAGGGCACUCCAUGGCUGUGAUGCUGAAGGAGGGAGGUCAAAACAUGCAGUGGUACCAGGAUGAGCUCCUGCAUAUGGCCAAAGACCUGGGCCUCCGACUGCUGCCAGCCUUCAACACCAGUAGUGGCCUUCCUUAUCCCAGGGUGAACCUGAAGUUUGGUGUCAGGGGUCCCGAGACGAGAACAGGCACAGAGACAGACACCUGCACCGCCUGUGCCGGAACCAUCAUCCUGGAGUUUGCUGCCUUAAGUCGCUUCACUGGAGAUCCUGUGUUUGAGGCCCAUGCCCGGAGAGCUCUGGACUUUCUGUGGGAGAAGAGACAGAGAAACAGCAAUCUGGUGGGAACCACCAUCAACAUCCACUCUGGAGAGUGGGUGCGAAGGGACAGCGGAGUCGGAGCGGGAAUUGACUCGUACUAUGAAUACCUGCUAAAGGCUUACAUCCUCUUGGGAGAUGACCUGUUUCUGGAGCGGUUCAAUAUUCACUAUGCAUCUAUAAUGAAGUACAUAAGUCAGCCUCCACUGCUGCUGGACGUCCACAUCCACAAACCUCUGCUUCCCGCUCGCACCUGGAUGGACUCUCUGCUGGCCUUCUUCCCUGGACUGCAGGUGUUGAAGGGAGACAUCCGUCCUGCCAUCGAGACUCAUGAGAUGCUGUAUCAAGUUACAAAGAAACACAACUUCCUCCCAGAGGCCUUCACCACUGAUUUCAGGGUACACUGGGCCCAACAUCCCCUGAGGCCUGAGUUUGCAGAGAGCACCUAUUUCCUUUACAAGGCCACAGGAGACCCGUAUUACCUGGAGGCUGGUCGCACCAUCCUGGACAACCUCAACCGCUUCGCCCGCGUUCCCUGCGGCUUCGCUGCUAUGAAGGACGUCCGCACAGGAAGCCACGAGGACAGAAUGGACUCGUUCUUCCUUGCUGAGAUGUUCAAAUACCUCUUCCUGCUGUUCGCUGACGCGGAGGACAUACCGUUUGACGUGGAGGACUACGUCUUCACCACCGAGGCCCACCUGCUGCCCCUGUCCCUCUCCACAGCCCCUCACUCUUCAUCCAUCCCCUCCAACAGAACGUCCGAGGACCUGGACGACUCGAACUUCGAUUGGACCUGCCCUAACACCCGCCUCCUGUUUCCUGACCCCGCCUACCCUCGCAACCUGAGAGAUCCAAUCCGUAGCGCCGUGGACAAGAGCUGCCCCCGCCCCGCUGCUUACCGGGAGCCCGGUAUGGGUCGUCCUCCCCUGAGGGCUCAGGACUUCAUGGCAAACAACCCUGAACAUCUGGAGCUGCUGAGGAGAAUGGGAGUCAGUCUGAUCCACCUGAAGGAUGGCAGAGUGCAGCUGGUCCAGCAUGCUACACAGGCGGUGAGUGCGGUGGCAGCGGAGGACGGCGUGCGCUUCAUGCAGGAGAUGAUGGAGCUGUCCAGCCAGCAGCAGAAAGAGCAGCUGCCUCCCAGAGCCAUUCAGAUCGUCUCGCAUCCGUUCUUUGGCAGGGUCGUGCUGACCGCCGGCCCAGCGCAGUUUGGCAUAGACCUUUCCAAAAGUUCCACCGGGGCUCGAGGCUUCGUGACCGUGGCCGAACCCUACAGCGGCUGCACCGAGAUCACCAAUGCCGAGUACGUCCGGGGCCACAUCGCUCUGCUCCAGAGGGGUCAGUGUAUGUUUGCGGAGAAGGCCCGACACAUCCAGAAGGCCGGCGCCAUCGGAGGCAUCGUCAUCGACGACAACGACGGCAGCAGCAGCGACACGGCUCCCCUGUUCCAGAUGGCGGGAGACGGCCGCAGCACGGACGACGUCACCCUGCCGCUCCUCUUCCUCUUCCACAAGGAGGGCAACAUCCUGUUGGAGGCGCUGAAGGAGUACAGGGAGGUGGAGGUGCUGCUGAGCGACAAAGCCAGGGACAGAGGUGUGGAAGUGCAAGAAGCGGAGGAAGACUGCUUAACUGAGGCAACAACUCCCACCUCAUUCGAACCUAUUGGCCAAUCGCAAAUGAGCACGUUGGAGCUAGACGACCUGGCUCCCGAGCCGGUUACUCCAUCACAGGAGGAGGUCAGUCCUGAGGAGGAAGACACAAGUCCCGCAGAGGACGUUAGACAACCGGAAGAGGACGUUAGACAACCGGAAGAGGACAUUAGACAACCGGAAGAGGACGUUAGACAACCGGAAGAGGACUCUAGUCCCGCAGAGGACGACAGACCACCAGAGGAGGAAGGUACAGAGGCUGAUUUGGCUCAGCCCACAGAGGAGAGAGACUCUGAGAACAGAGAGGAGCCCGAGGGCGACACAGACUCGAGCAGCCAGUCGGUGGAUGAACUGCUGGCUGAUUGGCGGGAAGACUUGGAGGCGUUCCAGCAGAUGGAGAAGGAUGAGCUCUGACAGUCGUCGGGCGCGUCGAAGCCGCGUGACCGCGGUCGGAUCUCCACCGUGGGGGAAGAAACCUGGAGGGGGACGCAUCUUCACAAGUCACACCAGGGUCAGUCUGGUGAGCUCAGAGGGAGUCGAGGAGAAGCCUCACAUGACUGUCCGUUCUCCUGCUCUCUGUUGAUGGUAUCAUGUGCCAAGGCAGCCCACAUCCUGUAUCUCCGGACCACAAGGGAGUCCCUAUUGGUCCGGUAGUUUUAGGGGAUGAGAGACCAGGGUUCUUAUCUCAUGCAGUUACGGUUCCAUAACCACCCUUAAUGAAUUACAAGGACCAGACUGUGUGUAACAGCGUCUCUCUUUCCACUCCAAUUUACUUCUCACACUGGUGCUCUCUCUAUGCAUCUCUGAGUCAAAUGAAUGCCGGUCCAACAACUAAUAAUUAAUCCAUCGACCAAUUAGUUUUAAUUUUAAAAGUGUGAUAAAUACGUGUGAUGAUGCAUUUACUAUCCUCCUGGUCUUGGGCCUUUUAUUCUAUGUACACAUUGAUGUGAGUUAAAGACUUGAUUCAUGUUGGGGGGGGGUUUGGUGACGUUGAAUAAGCUGCAGGAUGUUUUCAUGGCUUAAUGGUAUUUAGACUCGACACCAAACUUAAUCUCUCUGGAGGACUUAUGAAGUCAUCUGUCAAUGUAAAUAUGUAUUUGUCAAGAUAUAGUGACUGAAACAUUAUAGCGCUGCUUCGCUCAGGUUCUGGUUCACCCUCCACAAACGACCUCUGGACCACAUCAGGGUGGAGCAGACACACCUUCAGCAGCGUGGUGGGAGAGAUGAGUAGCCCACAAGGCGCCACAGGAGGGCGCUAUGAGAUCUGUGUGAUUGGAAGGAGCAGAAUUAAGCCAAUAAGUUAACAUGAUGAAAUUAAAUAAAAAAUGAAGAGGGGAA